AUGGAUAAUGUCAUUAGUGGUAGUAAAGAACAAAAGGCAUAUCAUAUUCGUCGCAUUACAGAUAUAGUUAAAGAAUCACUCGAAAUACUUCCACCAAUCGAUGGUUAUGAAAAUAUGUCACUGGUUCCACUUGAAGUUGCUGUUAAACCACUGAUACCUUUUUUACCUGAUAUUGAAAAUUAUGUCUGUAUUGUUAAACAACGAUGUCAAAGACCACCCGUUGAUCGAUUAUCAAAUGAUGAAUCAGCUUCAAUUAUGCUUUAUACAAUGGGAUGGAAACCACUUGAUCAAUGUCUUCAUGUUGUUUUAAACAAAACCCUUCGAUCAAAAGAACGAAAUCAACUUGAACCAUGGUUUCUUUAUCUUAAAUUAUUUCUUACUGCUCUAUCACGUCUUCCAUCAAUGCAUCAAAAGAUUUAUCGUGAAGUCAAAUUCGAUUUAAGUGAACGAUAUAAACCAGACGAAAGAAUUAUCUGGUGGGGAUUUAAUUCUUGUAGUACAUCAACCGACAAUUUACAAUCUGAAAAACAAAAUAUACGAACAUUAUUCAUUAUUGAAUGUAUCUCUGGAAAAAAUAUUCGCCAACAUUCUUAUUUUGAAUUAGACGAUGAAAUUCUUCUUUUUCCUAUGACACAAUUCAAAGUUCAAGCUUGUUCUACUCACAACAAUGGAGUUUAUUCAAUUGAAUUACAAGAAAUACAACCACUCUCUCCUCUUAUAUAUCCAAUAGUAUAUUCUCAUACAUCAGACAAAUCAUUUUCUAACAUACAAAGUUAUGUUGGUAAUUAUAAUUUUAAUGGCAUAUUAUCAUUUAACGAAUUAACAUAUAAUACGUAUGAUAAAUUGGAAAUCAUUGAUAAACAUCCUUCUAACCCUUGGUGGAAAGCAAAAAAUCUUCGAACCAAACAAACUGGUUAUGUUCCAGUCAAACAUAUCUCACCAAUAAUCGAUUUAACAACAUGCGAAUGGUAUUUUACUGAAACAAAUCGUAAUGAUGCUGAACGAUUUCUUAAACAAGCGCAUAAUGGAAAAGAAACUUUUUUAAUUCGACCUUCAGGGAUAAAUCAAGGUGAAGAAUCCUUAUCUGUUCUUCAUUUUGAUGAAGAUGAACAAUAUUUUGAUGUGAAACAUUAUCGUAUUUCUCGAACAGAUCAAGGUUUAUAUUAUAUUGAUAAUGAAGUCAUUUUUCCAUCAUUACAAGAUCUUGUUAAUCAUUAUCACAUACAACCUGAUGGUCUUUGUUGUCUACUCACAUAUCCGUGUCAAAAAAUAGAAGCAACUGUUCACGAUGGUUUAGCAGAAUUAGAUCGUUCUCAACUUUUGAGCACUGAAUUACUCAGUCAAGGAUCUCAUACUAAAGUUUAUAAAGGUACAUAUGGACAACGUAAUGUUGCUAUUAAAUAUAUAAAAAUGAAUGAUGAUAAAAAUCGAUUUCUUCGUGAAGCAAAAAUGAUGAAAGAAUUUGAACAUAAAAAUAUUGUAUGUUUGUAUGGUGUAUGUACAUUAGAAGAACCAAUAUUGAUUGUAAUGGAGUUUAUGAAAUAUGAAUGUCUAUUAAAUUAUUUACGUUAUGGACCAGGACAAAGUAUGGACCCGAUGACUCAACUGGAUUUUAUUGUACAAAUUAUAGAUGGUAUGAUUUAUCUUGAAGAAAAAGGAUAUGUUCAUUGUGAUUUAACUGCUCGAAAUAUUUAUGUUGGAGAUUGUGAUAUUAUUAAAAUAGGUGGUUUUGGUUUAGCAAAACACUUUCAAGAUGGCCGUGCGAUAAUCGAUGAAGAGUCUCAACUAUCAAUUAGAUGGCCUGCACCAGAAGUAGCAAUUGAAAAAGAAUAUACAAUUAAGUCAGAUGUAUGGAGUUUUGGUUUUCUUCUUCAUGAAGUUAUUGCACAUGAUUCAAUUUCAUAUCUUCAUUAUUCAGCGAAUGAAAUAAUACAAAAAGGCUUUGAUGGUUAUUAUCACUUGUUGGAAACGAAUAAUGUUUAUAACCAGUAUUAUGAAAUAAUGUGUUCUUGUUGGCAAGACAAUUCUGAUGAUCGUCCAACAUUUGAAAUACUUUCUAUGCGUUUUAAUAAAUUUGUCAAACAAUCUGGCUCAAUCAAUCAAAAUGAGAUUUAUACUGAACUUGAAUCACAUAGAAAUGUUAUAUAA